CCCCAGCUCACCGCGCGCGCUCUCUCAGUCUCUCCUUCUCUUGUGGCCACGACGAGCGACAUUCGCUACUCGCUACCGUCCUACGCCAGGUGCCCCAGGUCUUCUUCGGUUCCUUCGCCGGCGACGAACGCUACCAGGAACUUGAUCUUAUAUUGCAAACUUCAAGAUGUUCUCUGCUCCAGGCAACAAUUAUUUGGCUCUUGUAGCCUCACGACCAGGGAUGGAGCUGGCUAAUUUUCAACAACAACCAAACCAGGCUCCUGGUCCUGGAGGAAAACAGCGCACAUCCAGCCUGGAGGCACCAAUAAUGCUACUUACUGGUCACCAGAGUGCUAUAUACUGCAUGAAGUUCAAUCCUGCAGGAACUGUGAUAGCAUCAGGUUCCCAUGACAAGGAUAUCUUCUUAUGGCUUGCCCAUGGUGAAUGUAAGAACUUCAUGGUACUGAGAGGGCACAAGAAUGCUAUUCUUGAUCUUCAGUGGACUACUGAUGGGACCCAGAUCAUCUCUGCAAGCCCUGACAAGACUCUGAGGGUCUGGGACGUUGAGACUGGCAAACAAGUUAAGAAGAUGGCUGAGCACUCAUCAUUCGUCAACUCAUGCUGCCCAGCGCGGAAGUGGCCACCUCUUGUGGUUAGCGGUUCAGACGAUGGUACAGCAAAGCUGUGGGACUUGCGUCAGAGAGGUGCAAUACAAACUCUCCCCGACAAAUAUCAGAUCACAGCUGUUAGCUUCUCAGAGGCAGCAGAUAAGGUAUUCACUGGUGGCCUGGACAACGAUGUCAAGUGGUGGGAUCUUCGCAAGAACGAAGUGACAGAACAUCUCAAAGGGCAUCAGGACAUGAUCACUGGGAUGCAGCUUAGCCCUGAUGGAUCUUACCUCCUGACCAAUGCGAUGGAUAACGAGCUCAAGAUCUGGGAUCUGCGCCCUUACGCGCCAGAGAACCGGAACAUCAAAACUCUUACAGGUCACCAGCAUAACUUUGAGAAGAACCUGUUGAAGUGUAGCUGGUCACCCGAUAACCGCAAGGUCACUGCCGGGAGCGCGGACCGCAUGGUCUACAUCUGGGACACAACGUCAAGGCGCAUCCUGUACAAGCUUCCUGGGCACAACGGUUCUGUCAAUGAGACUGCGUUCCAUCCCACUGAGCCGAUCAUUGGAUCCUGCGGCAGCGACAAACAGAUCUUCCUUGGGGAACUUUAAGUGACUAUGGCAGUGGCUGGCAGACCCAAUGCCAGAGGCUCCCACAUCACUGGGAUGUUCUUGUGACACUUUGAUGAGGAGAAAAAGAGGCACUGACAUCCCCAUUCCUUCGCCUGAAAAUCGGAAUACUCAGUUUGGCUGAUCAGGAUUUGUCAUUUGUAGAUUGUCUUAGCCUGUUUAGCCCAGUUGUUGACAAACCGCUCCAUGGCUUUGUACUCUCUGACUUUCCGACCUUAAACUUGAUGCGGUGCUUGAAGAUCACCGAUUGAAUGUACUGUGUCUAGAACCUCACUCUCUGGAGCUUGCCUGCUGUAGUUAUGUACGGCUCUGCCAUAUUGUUAAUCUUUCCUAGUCACCUGAAACUAGCUGGAGAAGUGAUCUUUUCUAGUUGCCUG